CAUUUUUUGCCAUUUAUAAACUACACUCGCUUUUAGCGUUGCGCCUUGUUGGCUCUGCCCUACAUCUUUUAAUACACCAAGAACCCUACCAGACACACACACCCCAUCACCAUUCCUACAUCAGCACCUGCACACGUUCAAGAUGUUCUCCAAGUUCCUGACAGCCACCACGGUGGCUCUCGCUGCCUCGCUGGCUUCAGCGCAGACGUACACCGCGUGUGACCCCACCAAGAAGGACUGCCCUCCCGACCCGGCCGUUGGCGCCAAGAUCGUCGAGAUUGAUUUCCGCAAGGGCGCCAACAGCUUCUUCAAGAACGCCGACGGCACUACCCUCAAGUACGACAAGGACCUUGGUGCCGUCUUCUCGAUCAGCAAGGAAACCGAUGCCCCCACCAUCGGCAGCAACGCGUACAUUUUCUUCGGCCAGGUCGACGUGACGGUGCGGGCCUCCCAGGGUGUGGGUGUUGUGACGAGCUUCGUGCUGCAGUCGGACGAUCUCGACGAGAUCGACUGGGAGUGGCUCGGCGGUGAUGCCACCCAGGUCCAGACCAACUACUUCAGCAAGGGCUGCACCGAGGUGUAUGACCGCGGUGGCUUUUCGCCCGUGGCGGACCCCAUCAACCAAUUCCACACUUACACCAUCAAGUGGACCCCCGAGCAGCUCGACUGGAUUAUUGACGGCAACGUCGUCCGCACGCUGAAGAACACCGGUGUCGAUGGCUGCUCCGGCUACCCGCAGACGCCCAUGCAGAUCAAGCUCGGCACCUGGGUUGCCGGCCGCAAGGAUGCUCCCCAGGGCACCAUCGAGUGGGCUGGCGGCCUGACCGACUUCUCCAAGGCUCCCUUCGACGGCUACUACCAGAACGUCAAGAUUCAGGACUUCAUGGGCGGAAAGGGCGCGACCGGGGCGACUGAGUACGUCUAUGGCGACCGCAGCGGCCACUGGCAGAGCAUCAAGGUGAUCAACGACGGCUCCGAGACCAAGCCCAGCAGCACCUCGUCCUCGGCCAAGACCACCAGCACCAGCGCGAGCUCCAAGUCGACCGCGAGCUCGACCGCCACCACCCUGACCACCGUCACCUCGUCCUCCGCCUCGGCCUCGCAGACCACCAACAGCGCCGGCUCCAAGGGCAACACCACCAGCGGGUCCGGCGACAGCGGUGCCUCGGAGACCUCCACCGGCACCUCCAGCACUGCCGCCUCCAGCGUCUCGACUGCCCCUACCGGCGUUGCUACUGGCGCCGCCGGUAAGGUCGGUGGCAACCUGGCUGCAGCCGGCGCUGCUGCGCUCCUCGGCUACCUGGUCCUCUAAGGCGCUAGCUUAGAUCGAGGGCGCCAGAGAGCUCGCUGGCUGUUGCCGUAAUUUGGUCUCUUCUCUUUUUCUUCGCGGGAGGACCGGUGCUAUUUUCAACAUCUUCUCCCACGAUCCUUUUAUUUUUUUGCCCGUCUUCUGAACCU